UCUUUCUCCGCCUAAACAAACACCCGGCUCCACACAGAGCUGCUGCGGGUAGCGUUAGCUUGGUGUCUGGUUACAUCAGCUGAGGAGCUGAAGCGCUUUACAGCAGGACCUUUAUUUCAGUUCAUUUCGAGUCGGGUCAUUUUGCCGAAAUCAAAGACGAGCGAGAUGGUUGUGCUUAAUAAUGACAGCAACAUCGAAGAGCACGGUGUAACCUUGAUAGAAGAGCGCUGUUCCUCCUUGCCCAGCUCACCUGCCAAACGUGUCUCUCCAGCCAAAAAGAAGCAGUUCUUUAUAAGCCAGGCCAUUCGCAACUCUGACCUCACACCUAAAGCCAAGGGUAAAAAAAGCCAAAGGAGGCAAGAAAACACUCGCUACCUGGCAAAUCUUCUGGAGCAAGAUGAGUGCUCCAAGGAUGAGGUUGAAACAGUAGAGACAGCCUCACCCACUAUCUUCACAGAAGCUUGCACCAAUGGCAACUAUGUGGAGUAUUGGAGUGACUUCAUGAACCGUUCAGGAGAGGAGCAGGACAAGCUGCUGGCUCUGCUGGAGGAAGAGGCAAGAAAGAGCAGCUCUGCCAAACCUGCCAAAGAUCAAAGAGAAUUAAACCCUGCCUAUACUGCUCAGGAAUGCUUCCAGCGAAUUGAUAGGAGGUUGCGGGCGACGUUGAAACGAAAACAUAUUCCGAUGGCAACACUGGAGCUUCUGGAGACAAACCUCCUGACCUUCUUUGGAGCUGAACCACACUCUAUUUACAUCACCAAACUUGGCAGCAGUUUUGAGCGGCUGUUGCUUCAUGCUAUCUGCCAGUAUAUGGACCUCGUCUCAGUCAGCUCUGACUGUAAUGGAGCUCGUCAGACAAAGGUCACAAACAAACAUGAGGAGUUCCUCCCUCCAUGUCCGCUGCUGUCAGCCUACCUGGAACAGAUGAGCUAAGAGCACUGCCACAUGAACUGGCCAGUAUGAAUUGUGAAAGCAGCUUUAAAUAAACAGGCUUGUAAGCCUGGUGUCUGCCAAUUAUGUUAGAAAGGUUUUGUUUAGAAGAGUGGGCCACCAUGUUCUUGAAUAGACUCCUGCACUAGCUACCUUAAAGGUCAGUUGCUGGAACUUUUUUCUGUGGAAUUAAUGUUUGUACUGGAAUAAUUUACUUCAAUUUUUAAGUGACUCAGUGUAAUUUACUUUUGAUAAAGCACAACCUCUGUACGGUCCAUGUUCAUAUUCCUGCCAGGCCUGGCAGGUGUACUGUUUUGUAGCUAAGGGCUUUUUUAGGUGCUAUCAGUGAGUUUGACCUUUGCCACAUCUAUGCUACUAAAUAGCCUAACAUACCUAAAUAAUUUGAAUUUUCAGGUACCACUGAAAGUGCUACUAAACUUGCUGUAUACAUUCUUUACCACGAUUUUUGAUUUUGCAAUAUGACUUAUCUGUCAUAUGUGGUAUACAUGUAGUUAUGUACUUGCUUGGAACUAAAAAUCUGUUUAGAAGCGGCAACAGUAGUUUAUGUGGUUCUGAUAGCACCUUUUAAGUGACUCUAUUCAAAACAGUGACAUAUCUUGUUGAUUUUCAUGUAAUCAAAUAUUUACCCACCACAGCCUUUGCUGCUUUCUCAAAACCACAGCAUUAAUACUGAUAGAAACUUUAAGAUCCAGGAAGAUUUUAUCAGUUAAUGGUAAAGAUCUAAACUAUAAGUGGAGUUUUCAAAGUGGUAGGUUUACAAAAACAACAACUAAGGAAUUAAAAAUAUAUACAUUAUAUAUAUAAUACAAAAUAUCAGUAGCACUUGAAUUGCUAGUUGCAUGUCCUAUCACUUUUCCUAAAACAAUGUCAGUUUUCAGUACUAGACACUUUUAUCUAAAUUAUGCUACCAAAUAUGUGCUUUUUGUGAUCUUAUAAGUAUGCUUAAUUCUCUUGGCAAAGACUUGCAUGAUGGUAACGGUAGUGAUUCUUCUGUUGUCAGGAAAUCUGCCAUGUGUGGUGCUCUAUCUUUGUGUAUUUUGAUUUUUUAAUGGAAUUAAGUUAAUUUAAAAAACACAGCUGUAAUAGAACUAAAAAAACUGUUUACACUGCAGAAACUGAGAAUCUUUCUAAUGUUUAACCUAUUAAUGAUGGCAGAUCGGCUUUAAUUAGGUCUCACAUGUUUGCUUGCUGUACAAGGUUAUGCUUUAAACUAUGGUAGACAUUUUAAAGCGGUUUGGGUUAAUCAGACCUUUCUUCCUGUGCAAACACACUGACUAAAACUGGUGAGUAAUAAAUGACUUGAACCACGUGUGUUUGAGCAGGGAAAUAAUCAACUGCCGGACACCAGCCUAUUAGGGCUAUAAUUGAAAACUAUUUUAAAGAAAUUGUUUUUAUUGGAAAAGACGUUUGGUGUCUAAGGUUUUGCGGUGGAAUUACAAGGCUAUUCAUCUGUCAUCUUUCCAUCAUCCAUAGAGCUGUUCUUGGGAAGGUUUGUGAUGGUUCUAUUGCCUAUCCAGAAUCUCUAUUACUUUUUAGCCACAUUAUUAUUAGCCUUAUCGUCGUAGCUCCAGUGCAAAACAACAAAAAAAAACGUGUCUUUGCGAAUCGACUACAUUUAAAGUAAAGAGAAAAUUGUUAUCUAAAUGCCCCCUUUCACAAUUCUGUUGUGACAGCCCACCCACUUCCAACUUGCACUCACAACUAUGCCUUACACAUGCAUGCCAAUGUGUCAGAAAUGUGCUCUUUCAUAAUAACACCUUUAUAAAUCAAUGCUUGAUUUGGUUUACACCCUGAGCACGUUUUGUGACAUUUUAUACUUGGAAAAGGCUGGAAACCCUUAACCAGCUGGUGUGUUGGUGUUGCAAACCAAAGUGCAAGUGCGCAAAGUAUAUGUGUGUGUGGUUACUUAUUUUCUCAGGCAUCAGCCCUUAUGAAUGUGUAUUUUUACUCUCACAAACCACAUUUUUACUCACCAAGGCUCAGAGUCCCACAAUUAGCUGUAGAUGUGAUUGCUGGGCUCUGUAUGAUGUUUAUAUGUGUCUGCCACUAGACGGCUGCUAGAAUAUAUUGGUAGUUCAUUGCAGAGAUGUUUAGCAUCAUGUCACACAGCCUAGGAUGAUAAUAUGUCUUUUUACGUGUAGGUCAAAACAUGACAAUAUGACUUGUCAAGUUGUAUUCAGAAUCAGUUUGUAUGAACUUGUGUAAUAGGGAUGAAAGCCAUGUGUGAUCCUGUUAUGUCUGUAUGUAAACAUUGGAAUAAAUACUUAGCAAGCAGGUA